UUUAACAAAAUUUCACACCACACAGACAACUCGCAGGCUCUACAUACACAUAUUACAAGAAAAUAUAAACAAAAUAAAACACUUAUUAAAAAAAUAUAGAAACAAAACACGGAAAUACGCAGUCAUGAAGAGAGUCCAUGUGGACAACUACACGCCGAAGUACUACAGUGGGAAGUGGUCGUGGAACGCGGAGAAGGAUUGCCUGGAAUUCGAGCCGCACAACGAUUUGGAGGAUGCCCGGGAGCGGUAUAUCACGACCAACGGCUACAAGUUCCUGCGCACCAUCGACCAGGAGGAGGAGCUGAUCUUCCGGCAGGCAUAUGUGCGGGACACCAGCACCUACGACUCGGACACGCUGGUGAUUAACGAUGUUCGCGACCUGGUCCUCUUCCUGAUGCCCAGCGAGUUCCUGACCCACCGCUUCGUGGACUUUAUGCACCGCCCGGCAGUGCACCGCCUCAUCCACGCCCUGAUCAUCUACUUUGAGUACUUCCUGCGCAUGGUGGAGUUCGUCCUGGUGCGCCGCGACGAGCUGGCCGACCAGAUCCAGAGCGACCAGACCAUCGAGAUGAAGAAGAUCUUCUCGGUGUACCUCAGUCAGUAUCGGCUGCUGGUGGCCCGCAACUACAGUGUGAUCCUGAAGGGCGAGGGCGACAUGGCCCACUACUACCACAUGAAGGAGAUUGUCAACAUUUCGGACACGAGCCGCGACAAGGUCUUCCACGAGCAGUUCCUGGCCGUGAUGACCCAGAUCGUGUGGAUCUGCAUGCACCGGCGGGCGUACAACGUCAUCGAGAUGGAGAUGAACCGACUGUUCCGGUCCGAUCACUUUGUGAUGACCCGGCCGGAGUAUCUUAGCUUCACGCCGGCGGAGCGCAGUUUGCUCUACGGGCCGCACAACAAGAUCGUCAACUAUCGCACCCAGAUCUCGCCGCUCGUCCAGGAGCUGGAGCAUGUGGCGGAGGAGGAUAUGCCCAUCCUGUGGAUCGGGGAGCGCAAGUAUCGCGGCACCGACCGCCGCAUUGCCGAGAUGGAGCUGGAGUACAUUGUGCCCGGGCCGCAGCUGCGCAUGAUCGAUGUGGCGCACGGCAUCCUCGGACAUCCGAAGAAGCUCUACAACACCAUCCUCGACCUGGACUGGCCCACCGUGCGCUAUUCGAACUUCUCGCAGCAGUACGACCCGUACCACAUUAUCCGCCAGCCGCACCUGGACAUUCCACAGAUCGACGCCAUGAAGGUGCGCAAGAUGAGCGAACACUACGAGCACUUCUACAAGGUGUACCGCAUCUACGAGCCGCACAGCCUGCAGAUCCUGAAGAAGUGGCUCAAGCGGGACAAGCUCGUCCAGUUCUAUCGCUCCGGCGGACUGCUGCUCACCAACAUCGUCUCCCGUUGCGAGAAGGAGCUGGCCGAGAAGGUCCCGCCCACCAAGGUCGACCAGGUCAUCGCCAACUACUUCAAGGUCAAGUCCAGGCUGCGCAAGGGAACGCCCUACGAAGCGGACAACAUCAGCAUCACGUCCUCGCGCAUCGGUAGCUUCAACUCGCCGCGCCAGAAGAAAACCGGCCAGGAGUACUACUUCGAGUGAUUCCACCUCUCUUUAAAAAUUGCUUUACUGGUAUUUUCACUAGCAUUGCUUCAAAAUUGGAAUUUCGUGAAUAAAAUAAUUACGCUGAUUAUUUACAA